AUGAUAAUUAAUGGUCUGAAAUAAUCUUUCAAAAAAAUUAGAUGCCAAUCUCACUUUAGACUCCUUCAUCUCUCUAAUUUACAGUCUAUUCCCCUUUAAAAUCCUAAAUACUUUUCGACUUAAAGCAAAGAAUAGGAAAAAUAGGAUUUACAGUAGAUGAUAAAUGAUUAAAUAAAGCAAGAAGAAGACUACUUUCUUCCAACUAAGACUGAUUCAGAGAUGAAAGAUCUCAAGUAAAUUGAUAAAGUCAAAAAAUAUAAUGUUUUCGAUCCAAAAAAUCAUGAAGAAACUCAAAUAACAUAAGAAGAAAUGAAUAAAAUUCCCUUGUCAGUCUAGGAGAGGAGACAGACAGUGUAGGUAUAUGAAAUAUUUAAGGAAAAAGCUUAGUGGGGUGAAUUCUAUCGUGUAUAUGGAAUGUGUUUGUUCUUACUUGGAGGCUUUUUCCUCACAGUACCCUUCUACAAUGUAAUUUGCUAGACCUUUGGAUUUACAAUGAAGCAGCAUGCUAUAGAGUAUGGAAAAUACAAAGAUGAUGAGAUAAAUGUACAUAGAAAGUACAGAAUCUCGUUUAUGGCUCAUGCUCAAGAUGAGAUACCUUGGGAAUUCGAACCUCAAACUGCUACGCUAGUAGUUAAUUCUGGGGAAACCUCCCUUGCUUUCUAUAGAGCUUACAAUAGAUCUGAUAAGCCAAUAGCUGGCAUUGCUGUUUAUCAAAUAUUUCCAGAUGAGUGCUCCCUCUACUUUAAUAAAAUCCAGUGCUUUUGCUUUGAGAAUUAAUUGCUCUAUCCCAAGGAAUCAGUAGAUCUACCACUUUUAUUCUACCUAGAUCCUGCAAUUAACUAUGAUGCUUUGCUAGAAGACACGCAGGACAUUAUUUUGACUUAUCAUUUCUUUCCUUCUGCUGAUUAAAGUAUUGCUGAAGUCCUGUAAAAGGAAAUUGAGAAGCAGCAAGAGGAUUAGAGAAAACUUGAAGAGAAAAGAAAAGAACUCAAAGCUAGAGGAAUUGUACUUGAAGAAAAUAAGAACCCGGUAUAUGUUGCCCCUGGCCACAAUCCAAAGGAGAGUCCAUAGGUUUUCAUUUAGAAAGUACAGAAAAAUUAGGAUAGAAUUAAUAAAAGCAUAGAGAUUUAUGAAAAAUAGGAAAAGGAGAAAUCUAGUUAGCAAAAAGUUGGCAAACUAAAGAGCGAAAUAAGCAUUUAAUUGGAUUAGCCUUAAUAAUCUUUUGCUAAUUUAAAAGCUGCAGCUGCUUGA